AUUUGUCUCAUUGACAUUUCCUUCUUUGAGGCUUCUCAUCACAUCAGUGAAUGAGAAGGAGAGAAACGAAGGUUUUCUUUCUAUGAAUGUCGAUGCAAAAGCCCUCUUUCCAGCCUUAUUAUGUCAAAGCACUGUCUUCGGAACAAGCUCAACUUCCAACUUGGUUUCCUUCAGGUCAUUCGGAGGAGUUCCAACUGAUAUUGCGCAAGUUAUUUGAACGUGGUUUUCGUUUGAUGAGAAAGCUGAAUAUCCAAAAGGGUAAUUUGUCCAAUAUUUCAAAGAACUUUGUUUUGAGUAAUCCACAAAUCCAUGUCGUUAUGCUUCGAAGGGCAUUGGAUGGCUCAGUUAUUUACCUUGCAAGGGUGGGUUCACAAGUACAAGGACCUUCAGGGUUUAUGCACGGUGGAGCUACUGCGGCUUUGUUGGAUGACUGUGUGAGUAGCGCAGUCUUAUUAUCAGGUCCUUUUGCUAUGACAGUUCAGUUGAAUGUUCAGUAUAGAAAACCCGUUCCAUUGAACAGUGUGGUAGUAGUGGAAGGAUAUAUUGAUCAAACAAAUGGAAGGAAGACUAUAGCUGGAGGCAAAAUGUAUCAUCCUGAUGGCGCUUUAUAUGCUGAAGCGACGUUAUUGUUCGUCAAACCUCGUUUAGUGGAACCCAAAAUGUAAUGAGCAUUUUUCUUUUUUUAAUAAAGGCCAUGAAAAUGGA